CACUGACACGCAUCCACUGGACUUGCCCGGCUAGUUUCCUUCUGUCCCCCAACCUCGCCUGUUCAAGUCUGUAGCAGGCGCAGCUGGUUUAUGAUCGGCAGUGUGUUUGGCACCGUGUCUCAGAGGGUGUGGAGCUUGUUUUACCGGGUAUCGGAGAUAAUGAAGCCGCAGGUUGUGUUCGUGCUCGGCGGGCCGGGAGCCGGCAAAGGCACCCAGUGCACCAGGAUCGUGGAGAACUACAGCUACACCCAUUUGUCAGCGGGGGACUUGCUGAGGGCAGAGCGAGCUAGAGAGGGGUCAGAGUUUGGACAGCUCAUUGCCACCUACAUAAAGGAAGGCAAAAUUGUCCCUGUGGAGAUCACCAUCAACUUACUGAAAAAGGCAAUGGAAGAGACCAUGCAGCAAGAUGAAAAGAAGUUCCGUUUCCUCAUAGACGGUUUCCCCCGUAACGAGAACAACCUUGAGGGCUGGAACACUGUCAUGGAUGAGAAAGCAGAUGUCAAAUUUGUGCUUUUCUUUGACUGCGGCAAUGAGGUUUGCAUCAACAGAUGUCUAGAAAGAGGAAAGAGCAGUGGACGCACAGAUGACAACAGAGAAAGCUUGGAGAAAAGAAUCCAAACCUACCUGCAGUCUACACGACCAAUCAUUGAACUGUAUGAGAAACUCGGCAAGGUGCGCACUGUAGACGCCUCUCGUUCUGUGGAUGAGGUGUUUGCUGAUGUGAAAGCCAUCCUAGACAAAGAGGGUUGAGUUCCUCCGACUGCCAACAACAUUCAUUUUACCUUUUAGUUUUCUUUUUAUCAACUGCAAUUACACUAUAAUAAGUUUAUAUGUCCAUCCAUGAGACUUUUUACUUUUGGUUACUGUUUGUUUUUUUUGUUGUUGUUGUUUUCCAUCUCUUUUGUAAAUGCUGUUUGUUCUUUGAAUGCGUUUGUGUGUGUGUACACAAUAUGUAUUGGUGUGAAUGAGAAGUAGAGAUGCCUAGCAGCUACUUGUGAUCAACUAGUGUGUGUUCUGAAGAGCUCACAGCUCCGUCAUACACCGUCAUUCAUCAUAGCUUGAGGCCUUUUCAUAGGAAUAAAAUGUAUUGUUAGCUUUAGAGAGACACUUCUUUUUGGUCAAUCAAAAGACACCUAUAGUACUGGAAGUCUCUGCAAAAAAUAGUAUAUAUCACUAAUGUCUUCAGAGUAUCAUGUCAUUGGAAGCAGGCGUACUGUAACACUUAAGACCAAAUAGUUGUUUGACCAGAUGAUGACAGACUGGGAUCCAUUUCAGACUUCAACUAAACAGCCAAUAGCCUGUCUGGUAUCCCAAUAAAAUGCAUAAAACAACUGCCUCAGAUUUAAUGGACGGUGACCAGACUACUCAGUCCAAGUUGCUUUUUGUGCCACGUAGAGUCAUCAGGUUUGCACUGUUAUCUGUGAUCAACGGCUCACUCUUCAAUGAUUGUUGUAAUCUGUACCUGAACACCUUCAUGUGCUUCAUCACAGCUAUGAUACCAGGGACUAGUCAUAGAGAAAAUAGAGGGAUAAAAAUGAACAUUUUGUUAAAUCUGUACUGUAUCUGCUUGAAGGAGGGGGGAUAAAACUGACUGAAAACGUACUGACUUUUGUUUUGCUCAAUGUUCUGAAUUACCUGCUUAUGCAUUUAUGCCUAAAUUUAGUUAUUUGCCUCUGUGUUUUAUUUUUUGUAAGUAUAAUACAAUAGUACAUUACUUAACAAGGUUUGGAUAUGUUUACUGCUCAAGAAAUUUCACAAAAUCACACAUUCACAUGGUGGCUUUUAUCCUGAUCAGCCAGAAGAGGGCGCUUGGCAUCAUCAAGUUAAACUGGUUUACUGACAUUUCAUUCAUUCACAUUGAGCUGGUUUUAUGUUGGAUGAUAAAUAAAUGCUAAUAUGAAUGUAUUUUAAUUAAUAAAUCAAAUAAUACAUAUAUAAGUAAAAGCUGGAAUUAAUACCAAAACAUGCAAUUAAAGGAAGGAACAAAUGUUUAAUUACCAGCUAUUUGAGAUCAACUAGUUCAUGUUCAGAACUAAUAUAGGAAAUGUACAAAUGCAUUUAAUCGAUUUCUGCAUUUCUAUAAACUGUAUCUG